ACAGACGAUUCAAUUAACAACUAAGAAAAAACAAAAGGUUCAGGACAUAACCUGUCAAAAUACAUCCCAUUGAGGUCAUCCUCAAAAACAUCAAAAAUGUCCACAGACGGACUAAGAAAAGAAGAAAAAUCAGCAUCUUGAGUAAAGCUCAGCCUAUGAAGAUGGAUCUUUCACCAUGCGCUAAUGGUUGCGGUUUCUUUGGAAUGGCAGACACAAGGAACAUGUGCUCGAAGUGCUACAAUGACUCUCUUAAAAGAGAACUUGCAGACAAAGUUAAGUGCUGCAACAAGAAAGUGGGGUUGACAGGGUUUGAGUGCCGUUGUGGGAAUGUGUUUUGUGGAAUUCAUAGAUAUCCAGAAAAACAUGCGUGUAAUGUGGAUUUCAAGGCAAUUGGUAGGGAUGUUUUGGUCAAACAAAAACCAGUUUGCAAGGGUGACAAGUUACAAUGGAGAGUUUAGAAGAGGAACAAGUAGAUGGUUUAAGCCUUUUUGUAUAAUAAAAA